UCGCUCUAUGGCUCAGAGACUCGGUCUGCACAGAGAGGAGGAAAAUGUCCGUCGUGCACCUGCUGCGGGUGUUGGUACAUGAGCGGAUCACUGCUGCCGCUGAAAACUUUCUGCUGCAGGUGGAGAUAGGAGGAGGAGAGGCUCGAGUACCGAGGCUGAGAGCGAUGCUCACCGAGCGGCUCACGGCAGCGGAGGAGGAGAUCCUCGUGGUGCUUGAGGAAACCGUGGCAGAGUACGAGGACCGAGUGGAGCGGUCCGAGCGGGAGAUCUGCCGCCAGAGGAGGCUGCUCGAUGCCGUGAUGAAGCCCGUUGUCCAGCUGCACAGAGCAGUGUGUCCUGCAGACGUCCAGCAACUGAUGGUGAUUAAAGAAGAGGUUCCCUCUGAGCAGCAGCAGUGGAGCCCCCUUGUGGACCAGGAGGACCCAGAACCCCCCCACAUUAAAGAGGAACAGGAGGAACCGUGGACCAAUCAGGAUGGACAGCAGCUUCAAGGACUGGAGGAGGCUGAUAUGAAGUUCACAUUGACUCUUGUCGAUGUGAAGAGUGAAGAAGAUGAAGAGAAACUUAAGUCGUCAAAGCUUCAUCCGAGUGAGACGAAGGAGAACAGGGCGGACCGUGGAGGACCAGAACCAGCCAGGAACUCAGAUCCUGAAGGACAUUUACAACUAGAUACUGAGGACAAGACUGAAGACUCUUCUGAGACUGAAGACAGUGAGGAUGAUUGGAUGGAGACCAGGGAACCUCAGACUGGUUUAAAUACAAGAAAUAACAAACAGCCUCUAAGUGAUAUGGGACGUAAGACAGAACAAAAAUUGUUUAGUAGCUCUGAGUGUGGUAAAAGAUAUAACGCAAAGGUCAGUCUAAAUAGACAAAUGAUGAGUCAUACAGGAGAGAAACUGUUUAGUUGCUCUGAGUGUGGUAAAAAAUUUAACCGAAGGGACAGUCUAAAUAUACAUAUGAGGAUUCAUACAGGAGAGAAGCCAUUUAGUUGCUCUGAGUGUGGUAAAAGAUUUAACCGAAGGGACAGUCUAAAUAUACAUAUGAGGAUUCAUACAGGAGAGAAGCCGUUUUGUUGCUCUGAGUGUGGUAAAAGAUUUAGCCAUAGGUGCAGUCUAGAUAAACAUAUGAGGAGUCAUACAGGAGAGAAGCCGUUUAGUUGCUCUGAGUGUGGUAAAAGAUUUAGCCAUAGGUGCAGUCUAGAUAAACAUAUGAGGAUUCAUACAGGAGAGAAACCGUUUAGAUGAUAUGAGUGUGGCCAAAGAGUUACUAUUCAGUCCUAUAAAGGAGAGAAGUAAUUCAGUUGCAACCUUUACAACAAAAGAUUUAUUAGGAUUUAUCAGCAGAUAUUCAUAUAAUAAAUAUUCAUAGUUCAUUGUUUUACAGAUUAUUAACAGUUUUUAUGUCCCUAGAAAAUAUAACUCAUUGAAUAACACAAACGAUUUGUGUUAAUAUAUCUUGUUUUUACAUAAUUUAUCUAUUUUUUAUAAUAUCCUUCAUGUAAUUUUAUGGUUAAAAUGUUAUCCUUGCACAAUAUGAAUGUGUGUUCUUAACUAGCUCAUAUGAUUAGAUAUGUUUUUUUUAAACAAUGGUUUCUUGGUUCGCGAGAUUCAAUGAUAGUUUUGGUUCUCCUUUAUGUAUUGAAUAUGUU